AUGAUCGAAAACGAUUUUACUAUCUUAGGAAUAGCAGAAACUUGAUUAAAAGAUAAAGUUUAUAUUGAUGGUUUUGUGUGAAUAGGUAAUAAUGGACCUAUAGUAGGCUACAGAGGAUCAGGUGGAACUGGCUUAUUAAUUCAUAAUUCACUGGCAAAUGAAAUAACUUGAAUUGAAACUAAUAACCAUAGAAUAACUGCAGCAAAGAUAGAUGAUUUUUUGAUAAUAUGCAUAUAUGCUCCAGACUUGCAAAUCACGAAAAUGAAAAAUCAAUUAACGAAUAUAUGAACUGCAUCAUGAAUGUUCAAGAAAUAAUUCAAGCAAACAAAAAUGAUGCUAAUCAGUGUAUAUUACUUGGAGACUUCAAUGCACACAUAGAAGGUUACUUAUCAGAUAUAAAUGAUUUAGCUGGAAAAAUAUUUAUCAAAUUUGUUAGAGAUAAUGGUUUACACAUAUAUUAAAUGAAACUUCUAUAUCAACUUUCAGAGGAAAUAAUAGACACACUAUUAUCGAUUAUAUUAUUUCAGAAACCCUAUCAAAGAUUAAAUACAUAGAAGUCCCACAAUUAAACACCAAUCACGUAUUAUUACUAUCUCAUGUAAAAAGUGUCCAGAUAAUACCAAAGCAAAUAUCUGUGAUUCCAUGAUAUAAAUUAGAAGGCAAGGAAUUAGAAGCGUUCCAACACAGAAUCUGAAUCAAUUUCCAGAAUAAAGGAAUCUACAAAACUCUUGAUCCUUUAGCAAUAUUUAAUAACAUCAAAUCAACAAUUGAUGAAGAAUCAAAAUAA